AUGAAGGAUGUUGAAUCCAUUUCAAAAUUUUGUACGAGGGUGAAGUCUAUAGUGAGCCAAUUGAAGAGAUUUGGUGAUAAGGUAGAAGAUGUUCAUGUGGUAGAGAAAAUUCUUCUAUCUUUGACACUAAAAUUUGAUUAUGUGGUGUGUGCCAUUAAAGAACCAAAAGAUUUAAAAUCCAUGACAAUUAAGGAGUUAGAGGGGUCUUUACAAGCUCAUGAAGACAAAAUGAAGAGAAAACAAGAAGAGCCUUUGGAGCAACUCCUCAAAACCAAGGUUUCUUUGAAAGAUGGUGGAAGUAAAGGUCUUGGAAGAGGAAGAGGAAGAGGAAGAGGAAGAGGAAGAGGCAACUAUUAUAGAAUAAAUGAAAGAAGAUUUGAAAAGUCUAACAUUGAACGUUAUAAUUUUCACAAAUAUGGUCAUUAUUCUUGGGAAUAUCGUGGCACUUCAAAUGAUAGGGAGGAGAAAGUCAAUCUUGUUGAUGAUAAACAAGAAGAGGAACCAAGCUUGUUGCAAGCACUCAAAGAUGGAGAUCAUGAUGACCAUAGUUCGUGGUACUUGGAUAAUGGAGCAAGCAAUCACAUGUGUGGCUAUAAAGAAAAAUUUGUGGAACUUGAUGAGAAGAUGAAAAAUGUUUCUUUUAGAGACUCUUCAAAAGUACAAAUUCAAGGGAGAGGUACAAUUCUAAUUUCUUCAAAGGAUGGUGGUCAUGUACUUAUUACCAAUGUUUAUUAUGUGCCAAAAUUGAAGAGUAAUAUUUUGAGUUUGGGCCAACUUCUUGAAAAAGGGUAUGAGAUUCGCUUGAAAGAUUGUUGUCUUUGGCUUAGAGAUCAAAGUGCUAAUGUGAUUGCUAAGGUGCAUAUGUCAAAGAAUAGAAUGUUUGUGUUGAAUCUCAAGACUAUUGAAGCAAGAUGCUUAAAGGCUAGUGUGGAAGAUGAAGCAUGA